GCGCGUCCAAUGAGCGUCCAGGAGGGCGUGAUGGGCAAGCGCGGCGAGUUUGGCGGCGUCCGGUUCCCCGCAGCCUGAGCUCGUUCCCCGAGCCUGGGCGCUCUGGGCUUUCAGCGUGGCCUCCGCGGCGCUUCCCCGGAUCCCUACGCCCGCCGUCCCCGUCCUCGUCCCCCCCAGGCCGGCCGGUGGCGCGGUCCGGGGCGGGGCCUGCGGCGGCUGAGGGGCGCGAGCAGGAACUGCAGCUUCAUCAUGGACCCGGAGUGCUCCCGGCUCCUCCCGGCUCUCUGCGCCGUCCUGGCAGACCCCCGGCAGCCUGUGGCAGAUGAUACUUGCUUGGAGAAGCUGCUGGACUGGUUUAAAACAAUAACUGAAGCAGGGUCCAGUCUCCUGGUGCUACAGGAAAAUCCCUGCCUGGUGGAGCUGCUGUUCCAUGUGCUGAAACCCCAGGACCUGAGUCCCAGAGUCCUCUCCUUCUCACUCCGCCUCGCAGGCAUGUUCGCAGCCCAGGAAGACUGCUUCCAGUACCUUCAGCAGGGGGAGUUGCUGCCCAGGCUGUUUGGGGAGGCGGGCCCCCUGGGAGGAGCGGCCUGGACGGCCCCAACCGUGCGCAGCGGCUGGAUCCAGGGCCUGCGCUCCCUGGCACAGCACCCUCGCGCCCUGCCCUUCCUUGCCGACUGUGGUGCCGUUGACACCAUCUUCUCCCUGCAGGGAGAUUCCAGCCUGUUUGUGGCCUCGGCAGCCGGGCAGCUCCUGGUGCACAUCCUGGACUUGGCGAUGCGAGCCCCGCCCCGGGGACACCCCGGCCCGCAGGCGUGUGACGGGCCAGCGUGCGCCCAGAAGAUCGUGUGUCACCUCGAAGACUCCCUGCGCGCCGCAGCCGCCCCGCAGCUCACGCAGGCCCUGAAUGUCCUGACCACCACGUUCGGGCACUGCCACGGCCUUUGGACGCCGGGCCUUUGGGGGCGGCUGAGCCCUCUUGUGGGGCACCUGCUUGAGAAAGACCCCGUCCCAGCCUCGCACGCGCUCGUGGACCUCCUCCUCAGUGUGGCCCGGUCCCCUGUGCUGAGUUCUGAGAGUGGCCCGUGGGAGACUUUGGCGCUGACUCUGAGCCGCUUGAGCCCGAUGCAAGCAGGGCCUCUGGCUUUGGGGAUCCUGAAGCUGCAGGACUGCCCACAGGCCUUGAGGACCCAGGCCUCUGGCGUCCUCCUCCAGCCCCUGGCCUGUGUCCUGAAAGCUGCUGUGCAGGGCCCCGGACGCCCAGGCUUGCCGGAUGGGGCCGCAGGCGACUCAGUGACAGUGGACACGCUUUUCUCCUCCAAGUCGGCCUGUGUGGGUCUCCUGUGCUGUGCUCUGGCCCACCUGGAGCUGCUGCAGCUGCUGCCCCAGUGCCCCUCGCCCUGGCCCCAGGAGGCCCUGCUUGAGGCUGUGGUGACAGUGCUGCGGUUCUGCAAUGGCUCAGCAGUCCCCGCCUCUGACCUGGGGGGCCACCUCUGUGCCACCUUGGUGGGCUGUGUCCGAGUCCAGCGAGCGGCCUUGGAUUUCCUGGGGACGCUGUCUCAGAGGGCGGGCCCCCAAGAGCUGGUGACGCAGGUUUCUGCUGUCCUCCUGGAGUACCUUUCAGGCCCUGACUCCAGCCCCACGGUUCUGAAGAAGGCCUUCCAGGCCUCACUCGGGUGGCUCCUGAGCUCACCCAAGACCCCCGGCUGCUGCGAUCUGGACCCCCACGCCCAGCAGUUCCUCAGAGAGCUGCUCCCUGUGCUGCAGAAGCGCCUGUGCAGCCCCUGCUGGGAGGUGAGGGACUCAGGCCUUGAGUUCCUGACCCAGAUGGCCAGACACUGGGGAGGGCAGGCCGCCUUCAGACAGGUGCUCCUUGCCUCCGAGGUGCCCAGGCUCACCAGGCAGCUCCUGCAAGACCCCGAGAGUUACGUCCGCGCAAGCGCAGUGACCGCCACAGGGCAGCUGUCUAGCUGGGGGCUGCAUGCUGCCCCCGCCGGCCCUGAGCAACCAGGGGUCCAGCAGAAGAGCCUCCUGUCGGAGCUCCUGCACGUCCUCGCCACAGACUCGGAGGGCUUCCCCCGGAGGGCCGUCAUGCAGGUCUUCACCGAGUGGCUGAGGGGCGGCCAUGCUGACGUGGCCGAGGACCCAGAGCAGUUUGUGGCCGGAGUGCUCCAGGCCGCGAGCAGGGACCUGGACUGGGAGGUCCGGGCCCAGGGCCUCGAGCUGGCGCUGGUGUUCCUGGAGCAGCUGCUGGGCCCGCCCGGCGUGCGCUGUCCCUACGCCGUGGCCCUGCCCAAGGCAGCCCCGCCUGGCACGCUGGCCCAGGCCUUGCAGGCACUCUGCCGAGUGCAGCUCUUCGAGUUCGCCUUCCGUGCCUUGUUCGACUGCGACCGACCUGUGGCGCAGAAGUCCUGUGACCUCCUCCUCUUCCUGAAGGCCAAGGCCACUUCCUGCGGCACCCCCCAGGAGGAACGGGACAGCCCCGACGUGUCCUCCGUGGAGGCCACACUGCAGAAGUGGCAGGCAGGGGAGCACGGACACCCCCUGGGGGACCUGGAGCCCGCGGCUGUUGUGGCCGUGCUCAGGUCCAUGGACUUGGAAGGCCUUCAGGACACACUGGCCGAGAGCAGUGACCACGUGGAGAGGAGCCCCCAGUCGCUCCUGCAGGACAUGCUGGCCACCGUGGGCGUCCUCGGGGAGAAUGAGGCCGACUGCUACUGAGCAGCCUGGUGGCAACCUCCCCAGGACCCUGCUGCUGCACCACGUGCCGUCCUUGGGCCCUGCCGACCUGAGGGCUCCAGCCUGGCCCGGCUGCACAAGGGACCCCCAGGGAAGCGGGACCAGGCGAGCCCAGCAAGGUCAGAGAGUCCCCCGUUUUGGUGUGUAUUGAGGAAGUGGCUUACUUUUUACUCAAAAUAAAUGUCAUUUGCCAGCGUCG